AAAAUACGAAGAUGUCAGCAGUAACAGAGAAGAAUAAAACAAUCAACGAGAGAACCAAACUAAGAGUAAACACAAGCACAGAUUCAAAAGUUCUAAUCUUAUCCAUGAGAGUAACCUCUUGGCCACAUGUUUCAGAAGAAAAUCCCCAACGUUAUACUGUGAAUAGUGAAUACAAUGGAGAGGAGUUACAGCAGAUAUCUAGGCAUCUACGGUUGAUAACCAUCUCCUUAUUUAUGAUAGUUUGCUGUGUCGUCAUUCUAAUUCCUCUACUGAUGUAUUAUACAGUAAAGCGUACCAGAAGAACGGAAUUUCCUAUCGGAUUAAAGCAGGUGUGCUCCAACAACAUGAAUACUCUUCAUUUCGCCGGAACAAUGGACCGAGGAUAUACUCCUCUGUCAAACAGGGAACGUCGGGUUAGGAGUGGACGAACGUCCGACUACAGUACACCACAAAGGAAUGGAAGACAAUCCGACUACAGUACGCCACAAAAUCUUGAUUUGGAACAAUUUGCAAACUCUCUCUAAUGUGAUGCAAUGGAUACCUGACAUGGAAAAACUAGCAUAUAUCAUUGGAAACAAUCUGACUUAAAAUACGUGGCUCAAAUAUUGUUCUCCUUGGUAUUGUCUGGAAGUCAUUCUCUCUGAACACUGCACCAUUUACAGCUAUUCUUAAUCUGAAAUCCUAUAAAAUAUAAUUCUCAUUAAUUUAUAUUUGCUGUCCUUCCCUUGAAAGCAUGA